UAAAAUUUGAGUUUUGUUUUGUACUUGCGGAGAACAGAAAAAUAUUAAAUCUAUUUUCAUCUUUCGUUUGUGCACUGUUUAAAUCGUGAAAAAUGGCCCUGUUCCCGGGUUCGGUGGCCUUUGAUGAGUAUGGCCGUCCAUUUAUAAUCUUGAGGGACCAAGACAGACAGAAAAGACUUACCGGUACCGAUGCCAUAAAGUCACAUAUACAGGCAGCCCGACAAAUUGCAAGCACUCUUCGCACGUCUCUUGGUCCCCGCGGUCUUGAUAAGCUUAUGGUGUCGUCUGAUGGUGAUGUGACAGUAACAAAUGAUGGGGCUACAAUUCUAAAAAUGAUGGACGUUGAGCAUCAGAUUGGUAAACUACUUGUGCAAUUGGCUCAAAGUCAAGAUGACGAAAUUGGUGAUGGUACCACAGGGGUUGUUGUUCUUGCUGGUGCACUCCUUGAGCAAGCCUCAAAUCUGUUGGACAAAGGUAUCCAUCCGAUUCGUAUAGCUGAUGGUUAUGAGAUGGCUGCCGCCCUGGCACUGACCCAUCUUGACAGCGUCAGUGAAGCUUUCCCAGUCAACAAGAAUACGAGGGAAAAUUUAAUUAAGGUGGCCAUGACAACUUUGGGCAGUAAAGUGGUAGUCAAGUGUCACAGGUUGAUGGCAGAAAUAGCUGUUGAUGCUGUCCUGGCUGUGGCAGACUUAGAGACGCGAGACGUCAAUUUCGAGCUGAUCAAAGUGGAGGGAAAAGUUGGAGGACGCAUGGAGGAUUCUGUUCUUGUUCGAGGUGUCGUUGUGGACAAAACGAUGAGUCACCCUCAAAUGCCCAAAUUACUCCGGAAUGUGAAACUAGCAAUCCUGACCUGCCCGUUCGAACCGCCCAAACCCAAGACCAAGCAUAAGCUCCAGGUGGGCUCCGCUGAUGAAUACCGUGAGCUGAGACAGUAUGAACACGAUAAAUUCAUCGAAAUGGUCCGCAAAGUUAAGGAUGCAGGUGCUACUCUAGCAAUCUGCCAGUGGGGCUUUGAUGAUGAAGCCAACCAUCUCCUGCUGGCUGAAGGUCUACCAGCCGUACGCUGGGUGGGUGGACCAGAAAUGGAGCUCAUCGCCAUUGCGACUGGCGGCAGGAUCGUGCCCAGAUUUGAAGAACUCACUCCAGAGAAACUUGGCUCAUGUGGACUAGUACGAGAACUUACUUUUGGUACAUCAAAAGAAGAGAUGUUGGUGAUAGAAGAGUGUUCCAACUCUCGAGCGGUAACUGUACUUGUGAGAGGAGGGAACAGAAUGAUUGUGGAGGAAGCCAAGCGUUCUGUGCAUGACGCUCUGUGCAUUGUGCGCAGUCUUGUACAGGACUCGCGCGUGGUGUACGGCGGGGGCGCGGCGGAGGCGUCGUGCUCGCUGGCAGUCAGCGCGGCCGCUGAGAAGCUAUCCUCGCUCGAUCAAUACGCGUUCAGAGCCUUCGGAGAUGCGCUUGAGGCCAUACCUCUGGCACUCGCCGAAAACAGUGGUUUGUCACCUAUCGAUGCAUUGUCUGAAGUGAAAGCGAGACAAGUUGCUGAGAAUAAUCCCUACUUGGGAAUCGACUGCAUGUCCAAAGGUUCAAAUGACAUGAAAGCAAUGAACGUAAUUGAAUCGUUGCACUCGAAGAAACAGCAAAUAGCUCUGGCAACCCAACUCGUCAAGAUGAUACUCAAAAUUGAUGAUGUCCGGUCACCUGCAGACUCCAUCGAAUAAAUGCAUAUUAUAAUUACUUA